GAGCAGGACCAGGAAAGUGGAGGAGACGAGCAUGGCAUCCACUCUGCCACUAACGCGAGCCAUUCUCUUCACCAAUGCUUCUAUUCUUCUGCGCAGGAAUUGCCUCAGAAACUUCGCCUUCUCUGCAUCUUUCUCCUCCUCCGAUACCGUUCACCGUAAGAAAUGGAGACAGCCGGUGUCUUCACUCCUUCAGCUCGGCGGCGUCGUAAUUGCCAAAGAUGAUGUUGUGAGGGAUGAUCCUACUAACAAUGUUCCAGAUAAUAUUUUUUCAAAACUUGGCAUGCAACUCCACAGAAGAGAUAACCAUCCACUUGGUAUUCUGAAGAAUGAGAUAUAUAACUAUUUUGAUACAAAUUACUCAAAUAAGUUCGAUAAGUUUGAUGACCUCAGUCCAAUCGUUUCCGUGAAGGAGAAUUUUGAUGAUGUAUUGGUUCCAGCAGAUCAUGUAAGUCGAAGUUAUAAUGAUACGUACUAUAUUGACUCCCAAACAGUUCUAAGAUGUCAUACAAGUGCUCAUCAAGCGGAGCUGUUGAGAAGAGGAAAUACUCAAUUUCUUGUGACGGGAGAUGUGUACCGUCGGGAUUCCAUUGACUCAACUCAUUACCCUGUGUUUCAUCAGAUGGAAGGUGUCCGUGUUGUUUCUGUGGAUGAUUGGGAGGCAUCUGGCACAGAUGGAACAUCUUAUGCAGCUAAUGACUUAAAAAAAUGCUUGGAAGGUUUGGCAAGGCAUUUAUUUGGUGCUGUUGAAAUGCGCUGGGUUGAUACAUAUUUCCCAUUUACAAACCCAUCAUUUGAACUUGAGAUUUUCUUUCAGGAGAAAUGGCUGGAAGUAUUGGGAUGUGGGGUGAUGGAGCAAGAAAUACUGACAAGAAGUGGUAAAACGAAUAAUGUUGCAUGGGCUUUUGGACUUGGAUUGGAACGGCUAGCUAUGGUUCUUUUUGAUAUACCUGAUAUUCGACUAUUUUGGUCAGCCGAUGAGCGAUUUACCUCCCAGUUCUCAAAGGGCAAGCUAGGUGUUAAAUUUAAACCAUUCUCGAAGUUUCCACCUUGCUACAAGGACAUUAGCUUUUGGAUCAAUGAAUCUUUCACUGAGAAUAAUUUAUGUGAAGUUGUUAGAGGAAUUGCCGGUGAUCUUGUUGAAGAGGUGCAAUUGAUAGACAAUUUUACCAACAAGAAGAAAGGGAUGACGAGUCAUUGUUACAGGAUUGCUUACCGAUCUAUGGAACGAUCACUCACAGAUGAAGAAAUCAAUGAUUUGCAGAGGAAUGUGAGAGAACAGGUUCAGAGCAAGUUGAACGUUGUUUUGAGAUGACCGUUCGAAAUGCAACACUUUCAGUCAAAGCCUCACCUGUUGAAUGAUAAAGCCCACUUGGAAUUAAAGAAACACGAUGGGGGUCUUAUCAUUGAACUCAUCCAAUCAAGAAACUCCAUUUACCACUAGACCACUUUUGCCAAGAUUAGAAUGGGAACUUUAUUAGUCUGUCUGAAAUAUGACAAAGGAAGAAGAACUCGAACUUCUUGUGUGCUUCACAGUAGGAUCAGGAUGUGCCUUUCUUUUUGGGGGUGGGAGGUGGAUAGUCAUUAUUGUUCGGAACUAAUUAUAUUUAACUGAACAAAAGAAUGUAGAUAGCAAAUGUGUAUAUAUUAUUGGACAGGAAUUCAGUUCUAUUGGUGUUUGUUUCGUGGAAGUGAGCAAUCGGAAGGGCAUUUGACGUCCAGUAUCUUCCUUUUA